GCAACUCAACAUGUUCAUCAACCCAAAACCCUCCCAAGUUUCAUCGCUAAACCCCUUACCCGCCAUUAAUCCACCAGCCACCCCCUCUCCCUCUGUCGCUGUCCGUCUCUCUGAAUCUCAUCUUUGCUUCGAAGUUCCAACAAAAAAGUGAAAAGGAUGGCCACGAAUAUAUCCUCCACGGGAAACCUCAUUUCUUUUAUACAAAAACGUUUUCUAUUAACAUCAGCAGCAGCAACAGUAACACUUUCUCCCAACUCUCCACUACCCACUACUACUAGUUGUAGCUCCUCCUCCUCUUCUUCUACGGCCCAAUUCCUCGUCAAUUCAUGCGGUCUUUCUCUGCAAUCUGCUCUUUCAGUUUCUAAAAAGUUCCAAAUCCAUGAGAAUGAUCUCCAUAAGCUCCGAUCUGUUGUCCAAUUCAUGAAAGCUCAUGGUUUUCGCGAGACCCACCUGACCAAAUUGAUCCAAAGUCGGCCAGGAGUUCUCCAUUGCAGAGUAGAAGGUAAUCUCAACAAUUUCUCACAGAGAAUGGCGUUGUGGGUCAGCUUCUGCCAGAGCUCAUUUUAUCAAAUACUCAUAUUUUAAGAAGGGGUUUAGAUUCUCAAAUUAAACCAUGUUUUGAGUUUUAAAGUCUGUUCUUGGUUGCAAUGAGAACGUUUUGGUGGCUCUUAAACAUUCUUCUUGGCUGUUGACGUUGCGUUUGAAGGGCACUCUGCAACCAAAUUAUGACUUGUUGAUAGAAGAGGGAGUGGAUGUUGAUAGGAUUGCUAAACUGAUUAUGAUGGAUCCAAGAGCCAUACAGAAUAAGCGUGAUAAAAUGAUUUCUACAGUGAGUACUCUCAAGGAUUUAGGCCUUGAACCAAAUGCUCCUGUUUUUAUACACGCUCUUAGAGCGAUGUUAUCUAUCAGUGAAUCGACUCGGAAGAAGCAAAUUGAGGUGCUGAAGAGUUUGGGUUGGAGUGAGAAAGAUAUUUGGCGUGCCUUUAAACGACAUCCUCUUCUCUUGGGAUACUCAGAGGAGAAAAUCAGGGCUGGGAUGGAUUUUUUUGUGAAUACAUUGAAGUUGGGAUUGCAACAUGUGAUUGCCUGCCCCCAGCUUCUUACUUAUUCUAUUGAUAAAAGGUUGCUUACCAGGUAUAAUGUUUUAAAGAUUUUGGAGUCAAAGAAGCUGAUUAAAAAGGAUUUGAAGAUUAAGAAUUUGCUUAAAAUAAAUGAGAAGGAAUUCUUGAAGAAUUAUGUUUACAAGUAUGUGGACGAUAUUCCAGGGUUGUUGGAUUUAUAUGGAGGAGCCGACAAAGCAAAAAAGAUACACACUUGAUGACGGAGAAGCCAUGAUGGUAUAGUAUCCAUCUUCCAGGAUCCAAUUCUUCAACUUCAUACUACACGUUCAUGGGAUUUCCUGGAGGCAUCAUCAGGCAUGCAAAACAAGCACAAGCAUCCUCCUUUGUCAAGUGAUGUCAUAAUUGGGAUGAUAGACACAGGGAUAUGGCCUGAGUCGCCAAGUUUCAAUGAUGAUGGAAUUGGGGAAAUCCCUUCAAGAUGGAAAGGAGUUUGCAUGGAAGGAUAUGACUUCAAGAAAUCCAAUUGCAAUAGGAAGUUGAUAGGAGCAAGAUACUAUGACUCCAUCCAAAGGACAUACAGUAAUAACAAGACCCACAUGGCUAAACCAGAUGACUCACCAAGGGACUUUGAUGGCCAUGGUACUCACACCACAUCCAUUGCAGCUGGUGCUAAAGUUGCUAAUGUUAGUUACCAUGACUUAGCUGGAGGCACAGCUAGGGGUGGCUCACCUUCAUCUAGAAUAGCAAUAUACAAAGCAUGCACAUUAGAUGGUUGUUCUGGUUCCACCAUAUUGAAGGCAAUUGAUGAUGCAAUUAAGGAUGGAGUUGAUAUAAUCUCCAUUUCUAUUGGGAUGAGCUCGCUCUUUCAAUCUGAUUACCUAAAUGACCCCAUAGCAAUUGGUUCAUUUCAUGCACAACAAAUGAAUAUCAUGGUAGUGUGCUCUGGAGGAAAUGAUGGGCCUGAUCUUUACACUAUUGUCAAUUCAGCUCCUUGGAUCUUUACAGUUGCAGCUUCUAAUAUUGAUAGAGAUUUCCAAUCUACUGUGCUGCUUGGAAAUGGGAAGACUUUCCAAGGGUCUGCCAUCAGUUUCUCAAACUUCAAUCGCUCAAGAAAUUAUCCUCUCGCAUUUGGAGAGGAUGUUGCUGCUAAGUUUACCCCAAUAUCAGAAGCUAGGAAUUGCUACCCAGGAUCAUUAGAUACACAGAAAGUUGCGGGCAAGAUUGUUGUAUGCACAGAUGAUGAUUUAAAUAUUCCACGGCAAAUCAAGAAAUUAGUCGUGGAAGAUGCUAGAGCCAAAGGGUUGAUUUUAGUCAGUGAGGAUGAGACAGUUGUUCCUUUUGAUUCAGGCACGUUUCCAUUUGCUGAAGUUGGAAAUCUUUCAGGGCUGCAGAUUAUUAAAUACAUCAAUGGUACCAAAAAGCCUACUGCAACCAUCCUUCCUACCCGUGAUGUUCCUCGGUAUAGACCAGCUCCAACCGUUGCAUAUUUCUCUUCCAGAGGGCCUGGGCAAUAUACAGAAAACAUCCUCAAGCCCGAUAUAAUGGCUCCAGGAGUUGCCAUUUUGGCAGCCGUGAUACCUGAAAAAGAAGCAGGGAGUGUUCCUGUUGGAAAUAAGCCGUCUGGAUAUGCCAUAAAGUCUGGUACAUCAAUGGCUUGCCCUCAUGUGACAGGGGCUGCAGCAUUCAUUAAGUCUUUUCAUCAUGGGUGGAGUACUUCUAUGAUCAAAUCUGCACUUAUGACAACAGCAACCAUUUAUGAUAAUACGGGGAAACCCUUACAAAACAGCUCACAUCACUUUGCGAAUCCCCAUGAAGUGGGGGUUGGAGAAAUAAACCCACUCAAAGCUCUUAAUCCAGGAUUAGUUUUUGAAACAACCACGGAAGAUUAUUUGCAAUUCCUUUGUUAUUAUGGAUAUUCAGAGAAAAACAUAAGAUCUAUGUCCAAGACAAACUUCAACUGCCCCAGAAUCAGUAUUGACAGACUCAUCUCCAAUAUCAACUAUCCAUCGAUCUCCAUCAGUAACCUUGAUCGACAUAAGCCUGCUCAGACUAUCAAAAGAACUGUGACUAAUGUGGGAUGUCCAAAUGCCACAUACAUUUCCAGAGUGCAUGCUCCUGUGGGAUUAGAGGUGAAGGUUUUCCCAAAGAAGAUUGUUUUUAUCGAAGGGUUAACAAGGGUUUCCUUCAAAGUCUUAUUCUAUGGCAAGGAGGCUUCCAGUGGCUACAAUUUUGGGUCCGUAACAUGGUUUGAUGGUCGACAUUCUGUCCUUCUAUCAUUUGCAGUGAACGUAGAAUAACAUAACAAUAUAACGAACUCACAUUGAACAAAGGUACCAUUCAAUUUGAAGUUAACGCACACAUGACUCACUCAUAAGUUGUAGAUAUACGUUGAUGUUCUUACUGUUUUGUCCAGUGCUGGAACCCUUGUUGUAUGGUUGGAGUUAAUUACUGCAAACCACCAGAAUAGGAACAUUCAUAGAUACAUUCAUCAAUUAAUGUCUGUCCAAAAACUUUUUUUCUUUGAACAUCAUGGCAUGUGCAAAUAUUAUUAUCCAACGUGUCUGCUAUUUGGACUACGGUUGCUUA